UUUUAUGAUGUCAUAGAUUCAAGUUACCGUUCUAUUAGCUCAUUCCAUAUUCCACACACAAACACACACACACGCACACAAUUGCUUGCUUCAAAGGGGGAAACAUGGCAUCCCCUUGUUGCCUUUAAGUGCUGCUGGAAAUAAAACAAUUUAAAAGCAGAAACCAAUGGAAAGAGUAAGUGGUACGUUUUCAUAACAUGCAGUCAACCAACAGUCAACCUGUAAAAUCAAAAUAUCAACAAACACACAUUAUUGGAACCGGCUCUGUGUGAUGUUUGGUUAGGUCAUAAUCAUCAUCAUCAAACGUAACAUAACCGAUACUCCAUUUGAAGGCUGCUGGUUACGAGGGGCCCUGAACGCACCAACAGCUGAGCUCGCGCCAGAUGGAGGCUGGGCACCGGUCUGCUCUGCCUUCUGCCGCCGAGCCGCUCCGCCGCUCGACAACGGUGACACACGGAGGGCGGAGGACCGUGGCCCGUCAUAGCACCGCUAGGACAAUAGGUACACCCUGGCGUAAGGUAAAGUCUGUCAUGAGUUGAAGCUACGGGACGGGACCGCCGUUGGCACGGACCCACACGUUUCAGCCACCGCUAAGUGAAGUUUGACACGCUGACGUCAGGUGUUAGCCAUCUUCUAAGUGUAGCCGUCGUUAGCUGCGGUGCUCGGCUAGCCUUUUGAUGUUGGCCCUCGCAAAUUGUGCCCAACUGGCAAAACGCGUCAUCCGUCGUUACCGUUUCUUCUUCAGCCUUAUUUUUACAGUCGGCAAUUCGGACACCGUUAACGACUGAAUGGCGUGUACUCGCGGUUUGGAAACGACAUGACGGGAACAAACGGUUGGACUAGUUAAUUAGCCUCCAUAAGCUAGCGAUGCGUGCUACGUUAUUUCAGAAUACCGUUAGCUCGCCGGAUUAUCGCGCUCACUGGUGCGACCGUGCGCUGCCCCGCGGCGUCACUCGUAGCCAUGAGUGAUCGGUAUGCAAAAGUAAAGCUUCAAGUCGAGGAAAUGAAAUCCCUAGGCGAGGAUGCAGGGAAGGAGGGCGCGGAUGCCGAGGAGCAGGUGCCCGAGGGUUCCCCCACCGCGUCCGUCUCCCCGGACACUCCCAGCGUCACCAUGGCCGCCGGGGAUGCGUCCCGCGCCCACCUCACCUGCAAGCAGAGGGUCAAAAGUCGAUGCCGGCUGGGGAAGGACGUCAAGAACUCCUGCGGCAAACACGCCUGCGACGUGUCACUGCACGGGUCCGUGGUCACCGCUCGCGUCGGGCAGAACCUGAACAGACUCGGGCACGAGCGGACGCUUCACGUCAGAGGGACCGGGAAAAUCCUGCAGGGCAAGUUGGAGACGAACGGGAACUACGUGAACACCCAUCCGCCCAAAAACAACCAAGAAACCCGCCGCGAGGACGGAUUUAAACUGGCAAGGAAUCAACGGCCAGUGACGGUGGAUAUGUCCAAAGCCAAAACGUCAUUGGAGGCGCUCAAGUUGAGCAUCAAGCAGCUGAAGUGGAAAGAGUUUCCCCUGGGAAGACGGGCGCCCUGUGACAUCUACUGGCACGGCGUCUCCUUCCACGACAACGAAAAAAUCCUCUCAGGACAGGUGAACAAGUUCCCAGGAAUGAUUGAAAUGCUGAGGAAGAUCAACCUGAGUCGGGCAGUGAGGACGAUGCAGGAGCUGUUCCCAGAGGAGUACGACUUCUAUCCCCGGUCCUGGAUCCUGCCUGAAGAGUGCCAGCAGUUUUCCACCCAGAUCCGCAUGGUGAAGGAGAACGACGCAACGUUGAAUCCCACCUUCAUCGUCAAGCCGGACUCGGGCUCUCAGGGGGACGGCAUCUACCUCAUUCGUGACCCCAGUGACCUGAAGCUCAUGGCGGGGUCGCCGGCCAAACAGGCCGUGGUGCAGGAGUACAUCCAGAAGCCGCUACUCAUCGACAAGCUCAAGUUCGACAUCCGCCUCUAUGUGCUGCUGAAAUCCCUGGAGCCGUUGGAGAUCUACAUUGCCAAGGAAGGCCUGACGCGUUUUUGCACCGAGCCCUACCAGGAACCAAGCCAGAAGAACCUGAGCCAUGUCUUCAUGCACCUGACCAACUACUCCCUCAACGUCCACAGCGGCAACUUCGUCCACUCGGACAGCCAGAGCACAGGCAGCAAGCGCACGCUCUCCAGCGUGCUGUACAGGCUGGCGGCUAAAGGCGUGGACAUCAAGAAGGUGUGGUCGGACAUCAUCGCGCUCGUCAUCAAGACCGCUAUCGCCAUGGUGCCCGAGCUCCGCGUCCACUACCAGGCCGAUAUACCGCCCGGCAAGCCGGGACCCACUUGCUUCCAGAUAUUAGGCUUUGACAUCCUGCUGAUGAAAAACCUCAAGCCAGUAUUACUGGAGGUGAACUCCAACCCCAGCAUGAGAAUAGAACACGAACAGGAGGUGGCGACAGGAGUUUUUGAAUAUGUUCCCAGUCCGGUGGACGAAGAGGUCAAAGUGAGUGUGAUCAGGGACACUCUGCGCCUCAUGGACCCCGGCCGCAGGAAACCUUCCAUUUCCCAGCUGAGGGCCGGCGGGCCGGAGCCCGGAGAGGAGAUCCCCAUGGAGGCGGAGACCCAGGAGAGGAGCCCGGAGGAGGGGGGGGCUCUGCCCUCGCUGUGUCUCAAGCAGGUCUACCCCAAAUACACCAAGCAGUUCAACUACCUGCGGCUGGUGGAGCGCAUCGCAGCCCUGUUCAUACGCUUCCUCGGCGUCAAGGGCAACAUGCGCCUGGGCCCCACCGCCUUCCGCACCUUCAUCAGGACCUGUAAGCUGAGCAACAGUAACUUCUCCAUGGCCUCAGUGGACAUCCUCUACAUCGACAUCACACGCCGCUGGUCAGGAACGAUGGCCGAUUCUAAAGAAGCAGGUAUGGGACUGCAAGCGUUCGUGGAAGCCUUUUUCCACCUGGCGGGUCGCAGGUUCAAAUCCCUGCCGCUGAGGCAGCAGGUGGCGUCUCUGCUGGAGCUGUGCGAGGCGCAGCUGCAGACGGGCGCCGAGGAGAGGCGCUCGGUGAGCUGCAGCAGGGCCAUGCCCCGGCCCCCCAAGACUCAGACGCUGGGCGCCGGCAACCCCCGGCUGGGCUCCCCGGCCCCCCUCCGGAGGGCCUCCAGCCAGGAGUACCGGCUGCACCAAAGGCUCCUGCCUCGCACGCUCAGGGCCAACGUGGAGAACUGAGGCGACUCGCUGGACCCUGCAGGAGGACUGUUGUCGGGGAAGAUGCCCACGUG